AUGUCCGAUCUCCGAUCAAUCGUCCCAGAGCUCCGCAACGCUCUGGACCGCAACCAACUCGACGCAGCCAACAACCUCCUCAGCCGCGCAAAGCGAUCCCUCCUGCUGGAAAAUGCACUGAUCCCGACCCCUUUGACACCUCCCCAGCUGAUCUCCCUGGCCCGCGAGGUGCUCGAAUUCGGCGCCAUCGCCUCAAUCAGACAGACCGACGCAGAUACGUUCACGAGAUACUACCAACAGCUGCAGCCGUUCUAUGAUCUGGAGAGACAUGCGUCGACGCCCGGAGAGAGUGCAGGGAACAUGGACUUUAGCACCAGCCAGCGGAGCAAAAUAACAGGGUUGUAUCUGCUGCUGUUGCUGAGUACGGGUAAUAGCACUAACUUCCAUACCGUGUUGGAGGGACUGGUUGAGGAGGCUAGUCUGAAUGGAAAGAGUGUUGAGGAUGACCCUUAUAUCAAGUAUCCUGUUGAGUUGGAGAGGAACUUGAUGGAGGGGAGCUAUGAUAAGGUGUGGAGGGAGACUAAGUCGGAGAGAGUGCCGUCGGAGGAUUUCGGCUUGUUCUCGAACGUCCUUGUCGGAACCAUCCGCAGCGAGAUCGCAGACUGCUCCGAGAAAGCCUACCCAUCCCUGCCUAUUUUCAACGCCAAGAACCUUCUCUUCCUCGAAUCUGAAGGCGCCGUUAUUGAGUUCGCCCAGCAGCGUGGUUGGAUCCUUCGUGAUGGUCGGAUACACUUCCCUGUCGAGCCGGAGCAGGCUGCCCGGUCUGAGAAGGACAUCUUGGUGGCCAGCAGUACUGUGAUUGAGAACACGAUAGGCUAUGCCCGGGAGUUGGAGACAAUCGUCUAA